GGAGAUGGGAGGGUAGGUAGAUAGGUAUGUACGUGGGAUGGACAUGUGGGAGGGGAAGAGGAAUCAGUUUACAAAACUACAGGUGUGACAUGGAGACUCGCGGUCUGUCCGAGACGUGAGUGGCAAGCGAGGGCCCACACAUUCUCGUCGCAGCGCCCCCUACAGCAGCGAGCGGAGUGGCUCACUGAACACAAUCGGCGCGCGCAGGGGAGCUCGGCGAGCCUAACGCUGGCGCACAGGGCGAGCCGAGACUGCAGCAAAGGCUUGUGAUAGAGCUCUCGGCUGUCCCAAACACCACUGCCGCCACAAGAAAGCUUCGCUCGGGUGGUGGCGGUGGUAGUAGUGGGAGGGACGGGUUGCCCACCACAUGGCAGGACGUUGCGAGUUCGGGAGGAUCUCACGUAGACAGCGGACGAGGUGACAUUUAGCGAUGUCACUGCCGACGAGUGCUGGCCAGUCCCGUUGCUACUGUUGCUGAAGGAAGUAGUUACUCCGUGGGUAGGUGUGUGGGUGAGUGCGAGCCAACGGAUUACUCGCUGAACUCUCGGAACCUUUCGGUGGUACCAGCAUGGGAACAGUACUGCGCUCCCCCCCCCCCACUUGUUGUUGUAACGGUGAGUAGACUUGUGUAAGUCUCUCAGCAGCUCCACGGUUUGUUUACACAAGGAAGGGCGGGAGGGACUGAGACAGAAGAUGAGCAUUAUGUGUUCCUGGACUUCAAGUGUUUGGACUUGACUGGUCUGUUGUCUGUGCGACUGGACGAUGAGAUGACCAGACGGUCGUCGGUUGUGUUGACUAUCUGGUGACUUGAUCGUCGUUGUCUCUGACGGGGGUCGUCUGCUGUGACGUAGGUGCAGAAGGACUCAGAUGUUACCUAUACACUUAUGCAGAAUGGGACAAAACCGACUGGACUACCUUUAUGGGGUAUGACCAUCAGUUUGAAGAAGCGGCCGUAGGUGUGUUUGUUUGAAAAGAGAGAAAAAGGUUUGGCUCGUACCAUGUGGAUGUCAAAGGCUAAAGCGAUGACAACUUCAAGCACUCUGGCGUCAUUACCGUAGGUGUGGCGUCAGCGGUGUUGGUGGUGGGGAGGCGUCGGUCUUCUCGUCACCCCUUGGUCUGUCUACUAGAGGAUGCGGCUUGUGAUCCUCAUCAUGACAGGUAUCGGCUUCACGCUUGGCUUGCUCUGUGGUCUCCUGCUGCAGCUGCCUGCAGACGGCCUGCCCGCCAGCGACAAGGUCCGCAGCGACGACCUGGACGUCGUUGAACUACAAGGUCAAGGUCAGCAUCCUCGUCACCAACGAGACACGCUGUCCUUACUGUCUUCUUCGUCGGACAUCCCUUCCGCUCAGUCCGGUUCGCUCGAGUCGCACCGGAAGAGCCCGGGGAAGGUCGUCGGUGAUUCAGCCAACGACUUGGUGGACAACUCUAACGAUUUUUCGGCAGGAAAGGGAGCAGUGCAAAAACAACUGCUGGUGUCAGGAGUCGAAAGUGAAAAGAAACGUGGUAAUGUCACUAACCAGAUUUUGGGAGUCGUGACAAAAGAUUACAAUGGGGAGGAACGAAGGUGGGAGACAGGAGGUGCCGAAGGAAAGAAGGGGUCAUCGGAGCUGACGAGAGAACAGCCAGGCUCUGCUCCAUGGACCGGAAGCAACGGUGAUAAUAGUGGUGCUCAACCGUCCUCGGAACCCAUCACCGCUUUCAGCAUUCGCUUAAAAAACAGCGGAGGGCGGAUGUUGGUGGAGACAGCUAUCCCCAUCGAGCGGAAUGGUCGACCCUUGUCUGAUGAGGUGAAGGGUGCUGGCGCGAGGGCAGCAAACACUGAGACAAAGAGCAGCAGAGGAGGGCUAGAUGGCAUUGUGUCCGGGGUUCUGUGGUCGCCGCAACUAGAAGCCUCGUGCCCGAAAGGGUUUGAGCACGAUGCCACGGCGGCGUGGAAGAAGAAGUCGCUGGGGAUGCAGGUCGUCCGGGUGGAGGAGGGCUGCGGUCGCAUGCAGAACCGCCUGAUCACCUUCCGCGACUCGACCAAAGCCUGCGCCCGGUACCGCCUGAACACGGACCAGAUCCAAGGGGAGAUCUUCUCUUACUACCUGGCGCGGCUCCUGAAUGUCACCAAUCUACCCCCUGCCCUCCUUCUACCUGUAGACUCCCUGAACGACAAGUGGAAGGCCGUGCACUUGGAUCUUUCGUUGGCGCAGUGGGCGGACGGCCGCGUGGUGGUUCUCACGCAGUGGCUGGACGACUUGAACCCCUCGUACAUCCCCACGGAGCUGCGUGAGGACAACCGGAAGCUGCAUCCGACAACGGAGAUUCUUGGCGGGAGGUCGAAGGAAGAGUUGUGCGACCUCCUGCAGUGGUCGGAUCUGGUGAUUUUCGACUACCUGACCGCCAACCUGGAUCGUAUCGUCAACAACAUGUUCAACAAACAGUGGAACGCCGAGAUGAUGAACAACCCGGCGCACAACCUGGAGCGGACGAAGGCUGGAAGCCUGGUCUUUCUGGACAACGAGUCCGGGUUGUUCCACGGGUACCGGCUGCUGGACAAGUACAGCGGCUUCCACGAGGCUCUGCUAGCCUCACUGUGUGUGUUCAGAGACAGUACUGUCCGCGCCGUGAAGGUCCUGCACAAGUCCAAGAGUGUGGGAGCGGAACUCAAGAAACUGUUCAUGGAGGGCGAAGUGCACCACAAACGCUUGCCCACCAUCCCUGAAAAAAAUGUUCAGAUUCUUCAGGACAGGCUGGCAAAUGUUUAUGACCAGAUUAUCCGCUGUGAGCAAUUAUACGGUCGGUAGUAAGAUGCUGGUGUGAAUGGGGGUGGAUGAGUGAGUCGAUUUUGAGUGUGAUUUGUGUGCUUGUGUGUGUGUGAGUGAGCGUGACUGCGUGUCAGUUGUAUCUCUGUUGAUACUUCGAGAACAGAAACUGAUAUCCAAUGACAAAUCUUUUGUAUAGAAUUCUAAGUACAAAAUUACUCGCCGUGUGCGAGGGGAAAAGGAGGACCCAACAGUCCAAUGCUGUGAUUCUAACAGUUUUGUCUACCAACGAGUAGACAGUUUCCACGGGAAUGGCCUGCACUGAUCAUGUGUUCUACUCCUGUGCUGGAGCGUGAAAUAUUAUCAUCUUGCCUGGGUUGCCUACAUCCAGUCAUCUGCACGCUGCUUAGAGUGCGAGUUGCUUGGCCUUUCUCUGCCCUGGCAGCCCUAUGUGAUUCAUAUGUGUGUGUUCGUUUUGUAUCAUGUGAUCUUAUAUAAUUGACGAAUGUAAAUGAACAGAUUGUCAGCGUUACCCAUCUUCAGACAUAUUGUUUUCACUGACUUUUCCUUCCUGGCUCAAUGAGGGAGGGAAAGAGGAUAGAGAGAGCUUUACUUCAGUUUUCUGUCGUGACCAGAAGACAAGUCGGUGCAAAGGAAACAAAAAAAGAAAUAAUUUCACUCUAGUCAGAUCUUUUUAUAAUGUUGUAUGAAUAUUGACAAGUCAUGAAAACUCUUUCAUGGCAGACUUAAGAUGCGAUCGCCUUGCGUAAUGAGGCAGUGGGUUGGCUAUAAAACAGAAUAUAAUCAUUUCGAAAAUAGAAUAAUAACAGUUCAGAUUUUCCGUGUUUUUAUAAUUACACCCAAUUCUUUGUCGCUCUGUCUUGUAUCUGUUAUCUCCACUGACGUCUGUAAAGUUUACCCAAGGAUAAGGACACGAGGAGAAGCAGAGCACGCAACAAAGAAAUUGUAUAACAAUCAGGUUUUUGUAGCGGGUGUGUCCAGCAGCAUGUUCUACCCCAGGUAUCAUCGUCUGCAAACAUUUAGUUGUCUAUGAUGAUACAACUUCCCCCGUUCUCUCCCCCAGCCUCUUCCAGCUUGGCAAUAGAAAGAGACUUUUGGUGUUUGAGCGUUCAGUCGUCAAAGCUGUCGGAGGUUAUGAACUGUAAUGUGAAUGUGAUAUUGCUUUGUGGGGGUGAAGACAGGUUUGACAGGUUGCAGUGGCAAAGUUGUGAGAAGGUGGGAGGUCCAGGAGGAGUUGAGGACUAAUUACAUGAUAAUGACAGAGCUUAGAUUAUUUUUUAUUUUUUUUUGGUAAAGAUCACCUGAAGGAGAUAAGGAGAAAUCUUGGGGUAGAUAGGGGGUAUAUUUCUUCGAGUUGGAGGAAGUGUAGGAGGGCGGGGUGACAAAAAGACUAAGGCACAAGCGUGGUUGCUGCAGACUAGUUAUCUAGUAAAAAGCGAGCUACCCGCUAGAAACCCACCCGUGGCAGGUCAUACCAGCGUUGUCGCUGUUUCGAGGACUUGUUUUGUCCCACCUUUGCCUAGCAAGGGCUCGGGUUGUCGCCAUGAGUAUCGUAAUCCCCGGAUGGACGUGUACUGCUCGCAUCCACCGAGGAAUUCUCACGACAAGGAAUGGCACAGGUGACCAAAACCCUCUUCCCCAGCGCGAAGGGACGUUACUCACCAACCCUACCCUCCCACACCCUCUUCUCUUUCUCUUACGUCUUCUCCUUGAUCUUUGUUUGUUCAAAACAGGAAAAUGGGACAACUUGUCAGUACUUUACCCACCCCUGAGGUGUUAGUCCUUACACACUUCUUCUCUGGCGUAUUUGCUGUUCUAAUCUCCUGAAGUUGGGAAAAAAACUAGGCGAGGGGAGAAAAAAUAUUAUUCUUUGAGGACCUCACUCCCAACAGAAGCAGGUGGUCAUAACAUAUGUACUGAUGUCUUUUUUAGAUACUGUUUUAUCUGUCAUACUAGCUUUGAAGUUUUGGGUGGUCUGUUUGAGAAUGUCGGUGUCGCUGAGGACGCAAAGAGAUUAAGAGGAAACCUAUGUAGCGGCAGUGGAACAAGUGUCUUUAUCACUAAGGAUGCUUGGCAAUGACGAUAACCGGAGCAUGGUUCGGUGCUGCCACAAUACAGGUCCUGUACCAGCGAAUUUUUCAGAUUUUUCAGAUUGUGGGAAAGUUAAUAAGUUUGAACAUAGCUGAAGUUACCAUAAUGAUUUCUCGACAUUAUUUUCUUUUUUAAGAGGGUCUGGGGUAAUUUCUCCACACUUGCCCCUCUCCUUGCGAUGGUUUAGAACAGAGUUACAUGGCGGGUUAUGGAUCGUGUUAGAUGUCAUCUUAAAGGACUGAUUUGAAGAAACCUUGUUUGAAGAAACAGCAAUUGACAGCCAUUAAGCAAAGACAGGAAACAGCCGACACACGUGAUAAGAUUGCGAAUGCGCAGAAAACCGGAAGUGCAUCAGGUCCACAAUCAGCCUCGUGCAUGGAGUGGAAAGGGUUCAAGAUAGUCUAUGCGUGCAUUUAGCGGCUAGCACGUGUGUUACACUUAACAUAAUGCCUUGACCGUUAUUUAAAAACCAUCCUGAUUGGCUACAUCUGGUCUCACUUUGUAGUUUCACAUCUUACACCUUGUCUUCUUUACCUGACAGCUUGUAAGAGAGUCAUAAGCAAAUGAAAGACAGAAGACAAGAGUUGUUUGGAGUAGGCAGGCGGGCUGGGAAAGUCUAUACUAAAGUAUAAGAGAGCAAUGAAUCCCCUGUAAAAUGUCUCUUUUAAUGAUGGAAACCUUUCAAGAACCAGUUGCAGCCAUAAGGGGCCUAAAUUAACUCAAAAGCUUUGGUUCAUAAAUCGCAUGAGACGAUGAGUGGCAGAACUGUAUUUGAAUCAGUUUAGCAACUUUUUGGAAUCGAAGCAAGGAAAUUUAUUUAUUUCUUUUCAUUGAUAUAUUUUAUACAGUUUUGGACUUAAAUUAAAUAUAACAGCAAACAGCUAUUUUGUCUUACAGCAAAAAUUUCAUUCCCGUUAAGUGAAUUUAUUCUGGGCUUUUGUCGAGGGUUUAUCAGAGACUGAAUACAACUAGUUUACAAAUAUCUUCCAAGUAAAAACAAAGUAUGAGUGUUUUAGCACAUAACAGCAGAUGGAAAGGACAUAACGAGUACCUCGCCUUAGAAAAGAUUUUAUUUGAAAAAUUGCAUGUAGUUUUUUCACAAAAAUGCUCCUUAGCAUAUAAAGGUUGGGUGAUUGAUGUUUGAUUUACAAAAUUGUUAGCGUCUAGAGAAAAUAGUGAAAAUUUAAAACAACAUGGUGGUUGUGAUCUUGUCCAUAAUUGUAGUCACCACAUUCACAUUUGUUCUUCUGUUCUUUCGUCUAGACUGGUUUAUUUCUGGCUGCUUCUAGAUUCAAAGAAAGGUGUUAGCUACAAAAUGGAUGGCUUGAACACGCACCCAGUCACACACUUCCUGUGCUGCUGACAGCGGGCUAGAAUGGGUGUCAUCAAUUUUUAUAAUUACUCUUUCAACCACGAGAAAAGUUCUAUCAAAUUCCGAACCGUCAUUUCUGAAUAACAAGGCAGCGACUGGGUGAGACAAGAAGGGAGGUUAAUCAGUCUGCACAAACUAGAAAGAUGGCGCCAGCUGCUGACGUCACAGCGGACGAAAAUGUCGCUUGGCACGUCAUUAAGUUUCCCCAACGAUAAAAUUCAGCGCUGGUCUCUUGGGCCGUGAUGAAUCGAAUUACCACACACAUUUAAAAAAAAUAUCACAUGAUAAAAAGAAAUAAAUUAUCUCGCGUUUUUAUUUCCUUUUCUAAGCGCCUAAGCGACCUGAAAUGAACUGAAGGAAAGAAAAGAAGACAAAUAGAAGCAUAGGCUUGCUCGCGAUAAGCAGAGAAUGUCCGAGUGUAUCAAAAGGUUAUCGAACAUUGUCCUAUCAGGUGGGCCUGUCAGCUUUUUUGUCUCUGUGCAAAUACAGACUGAGUCGUGAGCGGAGGUCAGGCUGGAGGAGUGAGUCCGGGGCGACACCGUGUCGCGAGCUCGGCGACCGUUAUCUAGGAAACGUAAUCAGUCCCAUUUCAUUGGCAGGUCGGCGAUUGAAGUGUUAAUGGUUCGUUCAUAGACAUGGCUUUGUACGAGUGUUCACCACCACUCCCCUCCUUGGCCGUUACACCACCGGUUGAUUGAUGGGUCAGGGAGUCAAGUUAAAGAACUGUUUCGUUUCUUUCUGGAAACUUUCCUGACCAGAAUAUUGCUCGCUGGGGACCAUGACAAAUUGCGUUCGGUUUGAUUACUUCGUCAUUUGUGGGGAGGAGGGAGAGAAAGAACACACUGCAGGAUUGUCGAAAAAAGUUAUUUUGCUGCUAGUUAAAAAUUGCUUUUAUCGAUGUUUUUAUCAGUCUUGCUGGAAUGCCCUCUGCGUGGUCCAGAGAUAGUAAUUUAGCGCAGCUCUCCAGUUGAAGUUAAAGAUAUUUACAAAACACAGAAAAGUAAAAUUCACAAUUAUAUAUACUUUAAAUUUUUUUUAAUGAACAAGGUAUACAUACAUAACAGAGGACAACAAAUUCAUAAUAUCACAGCACCGAAAUGCCGAGGCAAAGAGGUGGGGAAAGGUUAGGUUAAACACUUGGUUUGAAGAAGUGCUCUUGAUGAUCAGCCAAAAAGUAAGCGACAAGGCUGACCUCGAUCAUCACCUAACAUCGCUCGUCAUUGCUUAACACCUCUCGACGCUGCCUCAACGAGAGUAGUGCAAGCGUUGGUGCAAGGAUUUCUCCUGCUUUCCGCUUGGUUAGCCAGGCUUUGCUGUCGAGUGAACCCAUGCAUGAUUGCGCACUGGAAUUGGCAUCAGGCACUCAAAAAAAAAAAACAAAAAAAAAAUCCCACACAACAGGGCGUAGCGGUCGCAAGUAAGGGUGACGGAAUAGUGAACACAGUGGAAUCGAACACGUGAUGUCAGGAUUUUAGCUUCUAAGUUGGUGGUCAGAAAGAUUUCUCCCCCCACGAUCACCAACGAAAGAUAAGAGAAGAUAGACGAUUCUUUAAUAACAAACAGUCUAUGUAACAUGUCUAACACUGGCCUGCCUUUAGCUACUGCGUGUCUUAUGCUUGGGAAAUGUCGAAGAAAAAAGAUGUGACAGGAGUUUUAUUUUAUUUUAUUUUAUUUUUCUAUAAGACGAGAGUCAUUAGCGUGGAAUGUCUCAACCACGCCGGCAUGGAAAGCAGUGGGUCCGGAGGAAGCUGUCAAAUCUUCUUGAGCCUCUCUAUGCACUUUUUCGCAUCCUCAAAUAUCCGGUGACCAGGGCAUGAAAGUUGAGACUUUUCCACGACUGACAGAAUUUCCUGGAGGUGGCAGUGACAGCAGGGUUAUGGUGACCUGUCGGAGGUGUGUGAUGGGGAAAGGAGGUCUUGCUGUGGACGUCAGAAUGUACAAAUAUUUCUUGAUGUGAAGAUGGUUGUGGGAUGCGUGGUGGUUACAAUCUUUAAUCUUCUAAAAUACAUUUUAAUUCUGUGCUUUGUUGAAAGCUUUUGGUAACUUUGAAAAAAAAGUAAAAUGGAAAGCCAAAAUUUAUUAUUUUUUUAUUUUAUUACUCUUGAUUGAUGGCACACCCUGCUAUCAGGUCACGACAGAAAACUUUCAUAUCAUUAACAGAAAAUUUUUGCGACUGUUCUGAACUCUCAUUCUACAUCAUUUGAAUCGCCUUCGGUCCAUGUGUACUGUUUUAAGAAGUGUGACUUCUGUUCACAUUCUCUGCCUUAAAUACUUGUGAAGUGCGUGGAAACCAAGAUGUCAUGCCUGAUAUAUUACUGAUCACGAUUCAUCAUAUAUUUGGUGGACUGAUGACAGGUGAAGUGUCUUCUUGACGCCUUAAAACAAACUUGAGACAUUCCUAGCAGUAAUUUAUUGCCCUUCUUGAAAACUCCUGUGAGUCUUGCUCCAGCGUGUGUUGCCAUGUGUAUGUGAGGAAUGAAAACGAGGCUGCGUGUCACUAGUUUCUUUUUUGUUUUUGAUGGAGUUUUUUUUUUAAUUAUUAGAGGGAGAGAGAGCUGAGAAUAUCUCCCAGACAAAUAUAGUGAGUGUGUGUUUGCAUGUUUUGUGUGUCCCUCUUCUGGUACUGAUUAUUGCCUAUACAAUUUGAAUAUCACAUGAUAUUGUUGACAAAUUAAUGACGUAUUAUACUGUUUUCAUGGAAUGCGGAAAAUUAAAAAAGUGAACGAAGAAUGA